AAAUUCGACAAACACAGAUGAUUUGAAUGACGAUGAUAUGGUCCACAUCCCAAACUUGACAUAUAUGCUUAGGUUAGCAUGUUGGAAAAUGUUGACUCUUCCACUCUAAAACGCCAGAAAAUUGAGCCUACGUUUCUAAGUUGACAUCCUUCCUAAACAGCCGUAACUUAUUCGCUUCAUGCUUUUGAUGCUGCUACCUGGCCAAACGGCUUAUUGUGUUAAUUGCUAUCGAACAUCUAUAAAAAGUAGAGUACUCAUAGAACUUCACAAUUAUUUGAAACACAACCAUACAGUUAACUAGGACUAGUCAGAAGAAUGUCUGAUAUAUCACCAGUCGAUCCUAAUAUUGAUCUAUACGGCUUCCUUGGCAUCAUCCGCUGUCCUGAUGGCACAAUCAGACGUCUUCCAGGACCAGCAACCCCUGCCUCAUCCGAUCCCAGAAACCCUUUACACCUUUCAAAAGACAUAUCUAUAAACCAACACAAGGGCACUUGGGCUCGCAUAUAUGUACCCCGGGAAGCAUUUGACUCCUCACCGGACACAAAAUUGCCUGUGAUUGUUUACUUUCAUGGCGGAGGAUUCAUUGUAGGCAACGUCUCAACACCUUUGUUUGAUGAUUUGCACAGUGAACUCACGAUUAGAAUCCCAGCAGUGAUCAUAUCAGUUGACUACUGCCUUGCUCCGGAGCACCGACUUCCGGCAGCCUACAAUGAUUGCCUGGAAGCAUUGUACACGAUUAAAGAUUCCAACGACGAAUGGUUGGAAAAGUAUGCUGAUCUAUCAAAGUGUUUUCUCAUGGGCACUAGUGCAGGUGGUAAUAUAGCCUACCAUGGAGGAUUACUUGCAGCAGCAUGUGUUGAUGAUCUAAAGCCUUUGGAGAUAAAAGGGUUGAUAUUGCAUCAUCCAUUUUUUGGCGGGACCAGGAGGACUGAUUCAGAAUUGAGGAUGGCCAAUGACAAGGUAAUACCACUUUGUGCAACUGAUUUCAUGUGGGAGCUAAGCUUGCCAAUUGGCGCGGAUAGAGACCACGAGUUCAGCAAUCCGAUGAUGGGAAUCAAUCCGCAGCUAUUUGAACUGAUCAAGGCUCUGGGAUGGAAGAUUUUAGUCAUCGGGUGUGCAGGUGAUCCAUUGAUUGACCGUCAGAUUGAGCUGGUAAAGAAAUUAGAAGAAAAUGGUGCAUCAGUGAAAGGUAAAUUUGAUGAGGGAGGAUAUCAUGGCUAUGGUUAUGUUAAUCCCACGGCCAAUGCAAUAACUAUGGUUGUAAAAGAGUUUGUACUAUCUUCCAUCACUUGUUGAAAAAGACUAAGCAAUGAGCUUUGAACCAUGGAAUAUGACAUUAUGGAAGUAACAGGAGUUUUUUUUUUUUUUUUCUUCUUUUGCUUUAAAACAAAAAGUGCAGAUCCAUCGUUCUGCCAAAAUUAGUAGUUCAUAGCUUUUGGGAUACAUUUUUCCUACUGUCUUUUAAGUAUUUCAUCAUUUUGAAUGUAAGGCUCUAAAGGUACUCCUUGCGCAGCAAAUUCUGUAAUAGUGGGAUAUUAAUACUAAGUACAUGUAUCAGAGGGUUUCCCCCA